AUGGAGCCAGUGUCGAGCUACAUCCAGGAGGGAGAGCCCAUCACCCUGGAGCUGCCGAAGCGCAAUACGUCGGUCUACAUGGCCUCCCACUUCUACCUCAACGAUUUCCCGCAGUCUUCCGAGGCGCUGAGCGACAGCCGAUGCCCCACACCCACAUCAACCCCGCGGAGGCCUUCGAGGCGGACGACCAGGGCUACCGCGGGCAGCCCUUCCCCGGGCCGCCCAGGGACAUGCUGCGGCAGCAGCUUCUUUUCGGACAGCAGCAGCGAUUUCGGGGGCGCGGACCCCGCCCAGGCGCGACGCAUGGACGGCUUCGACGCGCCGCAGCCCCCGACGCUGGGCAGCCGGCUGCGGGAGUCGGGCAUCUCGGCCGCGGAGACGGCCAUCGCCGGCAGCGCGGCAGUUCGCCGAAGGAGCCACGACGCGCUGGCGCCGCCGCCUGACGAGGUGGCCCCGCCGCAGAUCAUCGGCCGGCCCAGCGAGGUGGAGCCGCUGUCGCUGCAGGAGGCGAGGGCCAUCCAGGACAUAGAGGCUUUCACCCAGAACCAAAUGGCAGAGGCGGAGGCGGAGGGCUUCGCGAGCGCUGCUGAGGCCGCGGCCUCGGCCGAGGCGGCCGUUGCAGUUGAGGCAGGCGCCGCGGGCUCCGGGAUCUUGGCCACGGCCGGCGAGGCGGCGCUGGGAGUCGCGGGGGCCUCGCGGUGGCGGGGGCGGCGGCGGCGCUGGUGGGCACCGCCUGUCUGGGCCAUUGAGGGCGGGUUGAAUGCGGCCAGCCACGUUCUAGGCUUCGCGGGCGGCGGAGGCGGAGGCACCGACAGCGACCAGAGCCGAAGCAGUGGCGCCGUGGACAUCAUGACGCUGAACGGCACGCAGGAGUCGGGGGUGCAGCAGCACUUCGCGAUGCACCAAAGCCAGCGGCAGCGGCCCGACGAGGUGAUCCGAAUCGACUCGGACAGCGACUCGGCGCCGAGGGCCCAGCCGGCGCCGCGGGUCCGCGCCAGAGCGGCGAGGCAGCAGCCCUCGCCCUUCGGCCUGAACCCCAUCCCCCUGCCGCGGCCGCAUGGCCAGUCGAGCGGCAGCGAGGGCUCCAGGAUCAGCCACCAAAGCCGCAGCGACCGCGGGUCCCUGGCCGCGGAGCCCUCGUUCGACCAGCUGAGGGUGGCGCGCAUCCCGCUGACCAGUGGCAUGGAUUUCAUCGACCCGGAGAGCGUCAAGAUCGCCUUUAGGCGCACGGAUGACAUCAGCGAGUACGGGCGGAGCUGCUUCCUGUACUCCCUCCUGAAGCCGCAGGAAUGGUACAACCAGCGGGGCCUCGAGGGCUUCUGGCAAGACCCGGGCGGCAACGCGCAGGCCAUCCCCGCCGGCGAGUACAGGGACCUCAUGAGCCCGACCCUGAUCGGGCGGGAAGAUGCCGGGGACGCGCUCCGCCCGGCCGGCGGCACGAGCGAUUUCAGCAUCGAGAGCGUCAGGGUGCUGGCCUCCCAGGUGACGCUGGACAGCGCCCUGGUGGAAUCCUUCAACAAGGUGCUGCUCUCCGGCCGUUCCCUGGUCUUCUCUUAUCCUACGAUGCACACGCAGGUCUCCAACGUGCCCUCGGGCGUCACCAGCCACAACGUGACGGUGGCGAGGGCCUACACCAAGCUCAUGGGAGCUUUCGUGACCUUCCGGCAGACCACGGGCCAGAUGCAGCUGGGGGCCCUGCAGUACCCCCGGUACCCGAUCGCAAGCUCCGCUGAAUUCUACCACUUCUUGGAGGUGAUGGGCGGGACGUACGAUUCCAAGAUCAAGAACAUGCGCAUCGUGGACCAGUUCUACCCGAACACCGAGUUCAUCGCCGCCUUCCCCACGGAGCGCGUCCCCAAGCACCCGCUCAGCGGCAUCAGCACGCGGUCGGGCGACCUCGCGCGGUUCACCUUCAAGAACAUGCUGGCGGACCGCGUCCAGCGCAUGUACAUCCACGUGGUGAGCUAUCAGAUCGUGACGCUGUCGGGCGCCGGGGUCUCCGUCUUGGCCAACCAAUCCGCGCUGGGCGCGCUGCAGCUGCAGGUGGACGCCAAGUCCACACCGGCCUCCGUGGACGCGAAGCUGGCGAGCUACAGCAACACCGCAGCCAUGAACUCCGCCAUCACAUCCGCCAACAAUGCCACUUUAGCAACCGUGGGUAGUAGCUACGCCCUGAGGACCGUCACAGACCAGCUGGCUUUGGACCUCGCGGCCAAGCAGUCGGGGCCCCAAAAAAUCGCCACGGCGCUCUUGGACCGGCCCAGCACCACUGACUUGACCGCGGCGGUCAACCUCAAGACCACGCCCGCGGACGUGGACCAGAAGAUCGCCACCACGCGCUUCUGGGCCAGGCCUGGUCGGGAGAGAUCACCUGAGACCUGCUGCUGGGCACCAACCCUGCGCAAUCUCCAUUUCAACGCGCCGCUGAGCGUCAGCCUCCAGAACGAUAACUUCACCCUGAGCCUGGCCUGCGACAGCUACAGCGUGGCCGAGGCCGACGCGGCCGUUGCGGGGGCCAUCGCGACCGCCCUGGCGCCCUUCGAGACGAUGGCCGCCGCGAUCGCGGCCGCCGUGGCCAUCGACCUCAGCCCGUAUUACACCAGCGCCCAGACCGACGCGGCCAUCACGGCCGCCUUGGUGGCCGGUGACUCUGGCCAACGCCCCCGCCUGGGGCGCGAACCCGCCACUUGGGAGCUGCUGAAGGGCACCAACGUGCUUCGGAACCUCCACUUCGCGGGGCCCCUGAGCGCCAGCCUCCAGAACAAUACAGACACCCUGGAGAUCGACUGCGACAGCUACGAGAAGGCCGAGACCUUCACACAGGCAGAGACCAACGUGGACACGGCCAUCAGCGACGCGCUGGUGCCCUAUUACACGGCCGCGCAGGUGGACGCGGAGAUCGCGGCCAACGGCUUCAACGCCGAAGCCGACGGGCGCUACCUGAGCUCCACAGGUUACACCGGCGCCCUGGAUGGGCGCUAUCUGGUGACUAAUGCCAACGCCGGCUCCAGCGAAGUAUUCACAAUAAUUCGUGACGCUAAUGCAGUGCCUCGGCAGCUGAGGGGCGUUUUGCCCCGGGCGCCGCUGGGCUGGAGCCACAUCCUCAGCGGCACCGUUACCGAGCUCACCUGCGACGCCUGGACCAAGGCGGAGGCAGACGGACGCUUCUACAUCCGAUCCCUGGCCGACAGCACCUUCGCGCCCAUGAGCACCGACACGGGCCUGCAGAACCUGAACCUGCAAGUGAUCGACCACGAGACGCGGCUCUCCAGCCUGGAAGCCAGCGGCGGCGUGCCAGACCCUGUGGUGACGGGCGCCGUGCACGGCUCCGGCACCGCGCUGACGCUGCGCGCCGGCAGCACGAACGUUCGCAUUGAGGCCCAGGAUACCACCUCACUGGCCAACUUCGGCCUCGUGGAAAACUUCCUGGGCGGCGCCCCGAGGCUGAGAGUGGACGAGGAGAUCUUUAUCGAUGACGUCUCUGGCACUGCCGCGGGGCUGAAGACGAACGCCGUCUCGGCGAGGCCGGGGGAUAACCUGCUGACAAUCAGCGGCGGAGUGAACGGAGUCAGCGUUAUAGGUGCCGGGCUGGCAGUUGCGGGCAUCGCCAGGGCUACCGCGCAAGUUACGACGCCGGUGCUGGCCACAGAUGCGGGGCAGAUCUACCUGAGCCUCGUGGGCGGCACCACGGGCACCAGAGUCAUGGACGGCUCCAACAACGAGCUCCUCAAGAUAGAAGCAGCAGAGACGCAGUGCUUGACCAGGAUCCUCAGCGUCACCGACUCGGCGCCAGCAAGCGUCGCCGGCGCGGUUCUGAAGAACACGGCGGCCAGCGGCGUGGCGCGCCUGCAGCUGGACGCCAACAACUCCACGGGCUUCGCGCGGCUGGACGUGGACAGCGCUGGGGGCUGCAGCCUGACCGCGCCGGGGCAGCAAAUCUCGCUGCAGAACCAGGCCAGCGGCGCCGCGCCGGUGGUCGUGGAGACGGACGGCGAUCUCACCUAUAACUACGGUCUCAACGCCCUCAGCGACGCCAGGCUGAAGCAGAACAUCAGAGAAGCGGACCUGGAGGAGCUGCAAGCCAUCUUCGACGGGGCCGCGCCCAAGUACUACGACCGCACGGAC